GCUCCCAGAGUUCCCGGCCUGUAAAACUCGAAGAGACACUGAUUCAUGGGCAGAUGCUUGUGUAUAGGGUGCGUCACUUGGAACGGAGCUCUUAAUACUGGGCUCAUGGACGUAUAUUGUGCAGUUUAUUAUAUUGUUCCUGGAAAAAUUAAUGCUUGAGAUGUAUAUUGCGUGGACGGACAAUACAAUUUCGAUAAUACGACGAUUUUGAGGGUCCACUGACACUUGCGGGGAAUCAUUUCUGUAAUAGCCUUCUGAAACGAUUCACCUGUGGAAUAAUUUCUUACAGUUUUGCGAUAGGCGUGAAUAUCUCGCGCUUGAUUCUUUGCACUACGUUGUCAGCGACAUUGUAAGGACGGCAAUCGAGGAAUCUGGAAAUAUUGGGGCAGAUAUCGGGCCACCAUUAUGGGAGGCAGUACGCGUCGAUAUCAGAGAACUACAAAAACAAUUCCGACAUGCCGAGGUUCGCUGAGGAAAUACAGAAUGUGACUGUCAGCAAAGGCCGGGACGCUCUGUUAGCCUGCAUUGUUGACAAUCUCCGGAAUUAUCAGGUGGCAUGGGUGCGUAUCGAUACGCAAACUAUCUUGACCAUCCACCGUAAUGUCAUCACGCAAAAUCCACGGAUAACGUUGUCGUACAAUGACCAUCGUACGUGGUCCCUUCACAUAACGCAGGUUCAAGAGGAGGAUCGCGGGUGGUACAUGUGUCAAGUGAACACGGACCCGAUGCGGAGCCGACAGGGUUAUCUAGAAGUUGUGGUGCCACCCUCCAUUAUCUCGAAAGAAACCAGCACUGACAUGGUCGUCCGCGAGGGUUCGAACGUGACGCUGACGUGUAAAGCUUCCGGAUAUCCGGAGCCCUACGUCAUGUGGCGCAGAGAGGAUGGGACGAAUAUAAAUUAUAACGGCGAAAGUGUGAAUGUCGUGAACGGCGAAGUGCUGCAUAUCGUGAAGAUCAGCCGGCUGCACAUGGGGGCGUACCUCUGCAUCGCGUCGAACAACGUUGCGCCGCAAUGUAGCCAACGCAUAGUGCUUCACGUGCAAUUUGGCCCGACCCUUUCCAUACCGAAUCAGUUGGUGGCUGCGUACAUUGGACAGAACGUCACGUUGGAAUGCCACACUGAAGCUUUUCCUACCUCGAUCAAUUAUUGGACGACCGAACGCGGCGACAUGAUCAUCUCUGGCAAUUCCAAUUUUAUUACAGGUACUAAGUACCAAACGGUGCAAACUGAAAACGGCUACAACAAGUACAUGAUGUUGAAGAUCAGAAAUGUCGGGCCAGGCGAUUUCGGCUCGUACAAAUGCGUCGCACAAAACUCCCUCGGCGGAACGGACAGUGACAUCAAAUUGGACGAGAUUCCAGCUCCCUCGACGACCUCGACAAUCCCGCCGCCCUACCAUGUGACGUCAUCAAUGAAGAAAAACGGUAGAAAUGGUAACAAGAAAUUACGACACGGACCUAUCGACUACGAGCUCGAGGAAUGGCGAGAUCCAGAUUACAACAGGGACUACGGGUCGCCAUCGAUGAGGCCGCCCGGCGAGCCUCCAGUCGAUGCUCUGAGUCCGGCCGCAUCCCAUCGGGCUCAGCUCGUUCUUCAUCUUUUGGUGAGUCUGCUGUCACUGCUACUUCCAGCCAUCCGGAGGUGAUUCUCACGUCGCGGGAACGGGGCUUCCAGUUCUAGUGUUUAUUGGACGGUGACCAGACCGGGGACGGCCGCCAGUUUCCGGCGCGCCGGAUCCGGCUGGGAUGAUGGACGAGUGCGACGAGACAAGACGCGCUUGAAAUUAUUUUCAUACUAAAAAGUGGACGUAUACAGAGAGCAAAGAGGAUAUAUAAUAUAUAUAUAUAUACAUACAAAGAUAUAUAUAUAAAAAAUAUAAAUAAAAUUGAAAAAAAUAUAAUAUGUUGUGUAAGUAUACUGCCGUAAGUAUGAUGGGAUCCUUAGGCUUCUGGUUAACGAAUCAUUUUCCGUUCUCGCGCCACGGUGAACAAAACAAUUCCGAGCGACCCCGUGAAUCCCGUCGCGAUUUUUUGAAAAUCGUUUGUUCACGCGCGGAAACGAAGAAACUCGGCGCGCGGAGGUUAUAUGUACUAGGUUUCUCGCGUCUUGGCCAAUUACCGACGAGCUAAAACCGCGCAGGGGCAAGAGUAGUUAUAGCAACAGUGAUACCUUCGCUUUGACGCAUCGUUGUUGUAGAUCAAAUCCCUCUAAUAGAACACGGGCGAAACGAGAUGCGACAAACUGAGAUGCAACGAUAGAAAAUCAAUAGUGACGAAUCCCAACGACACGGAGGCCUGACUUUGGAAGAAAUGGGGCGGAGCAAACGAAAACUCUUGCCCUUGUGUAUUUUUCGCUUGCAGAUAUUCUCCAGCUUACUCCUGUCGCAGUACUGACAAACUGAAGAGUCACAGGAGUGAAUGAUAAUUAGCCAAGACCUGAGAGACGCAUUGUAUCUUGUGUUGCCUAGGAGAUGGCAUCUGAAAGGAAUGCGUGUUUAAUUGUAAGUGGUGCGAUUUGCUGAACGAUCGCACAUACUAAUUCCGUCGUGUUACGCAAAGCACACAGCAAAAGACUACUUUUGCUUUCGCGCCAUCACGGAUGCCAUUUCUUGGGAAACACACUGUAUUCUCGAGCUCAGACGCGUUGGCCGACUAUCGACAAGCUGAAAAAUCACAGGGCAAGGAAUCGAUCGCACGGUCUAUUUCGGUCCUUACAGGAAACAUAGUACUCGGGUCUCUAUAUAAUCGAAAUUUCGUGAAGAUAAGAAGCCAGCGAAACGGAAUCAGGCAACAAUAUUCGUUACAUAUCAUUCCGUUGCAUUCUAUUUCAUCUGCUUUGUUCGUUGGGCUGUUGAGCUAAUAACAAAAAUAUGUCAACGUCAAGGAGUCGCUGUUGCUAUAGCUACCGAAUCGUGACCGAUCGAAUCAAUCACGAACCAGAGCAUCGUGAUUGAACAAAUCCCUUUGCCCCGAUAACUUUCAGCUUGCGGUUAAUCAGCCAACUUACGACGAGUGCUUAACCAACCAGCUGAGGCUCGAGUCGGUCUCGUCCGCACGCCUUCGCUUCGUCGUGCGUUCCGCCAACCUGAUUUUUUUAAUCAAAAAGAAGCGUGUUUUAGAUAAUCCAAUUAGAUAACGUUCGCGCGAGUGCGCUCGCCGUGGAGGGGAAAGGGUGAAGCAGAAUGUGUGUAUCGGGCUUUCUUCGUUUCGGCCAAUUACCCCGUGUAAAUAUCACUGAUUCCAUAAAUAUUCGUGGAUAUCCCUCCGUAAGCCGUCGCGAGGUCCCCCUCUUCCCGCACCACCGUAGGAGGUUUCGUGUUUUCGAGUGUUGGAUAAACGUUCCCGCGCGAUACGCGCCCGUGAAAAAUGCGGCACGAUAUCCAAAGCCUAAAGACGCUCUCCUUAAACGCGACGAUGGUGUGCGUCAGUGCUGUCCAAGCUUCGCUCGCAACGGUAAACCGAACUUUCCCCGCUCCGGCCGCGUCGCCAAGGAUACCGGCACGCUAUCGUAAGGUCAUUGUCAUCCGCGUCGAACGCGAUAACCUUUGUGUUCCCUCCCUUUCAUCAUUGCCACCGUCUACCGUGGUUUCUCCCUCGUUAGCGUCACGCUAUGCCGACCCCCUUACCGUUUGGUUUCUGUCUUCGGCGCAGAGAUGCUCGCUCGAUGCUGGCGAAGUUGGAGAUGAGAACGAGAAACAUUGUGUGAAAAGGAAUAUAACUACAAAUUAAGUGGCUGUAUUCUAUUUCAAUUAAUGUUUAAUCAGGGGCAAUUCCCUAUGUAUACGGUGACAACUUUGCAAAUGUACAAGAUGAAGAGUAUUUAUUUUGUAGUUGUCAAUUUCGUUAUCAGCAACAGCCAAUAAAGGCGAAGUUAAAAUUACUUCCAUUGUUCUGCAAUGUGUGUCCAGCUGGCUCUCCCAAGUUGCGUGACGCUAAGGAGCAGGAACCGUUACUGUAGUUUCUUCCCGAAAGGAGAAACCUGAGGCACAUCGAUGUUCAUAAUAGCUGUCCAAAUCAAUCUGAAAGUAGUGGUGUACAACGAUCAUGUGUUGUACACUCGAAUGUUCUCUUUUCAAGACAACAAGUCCGUCGUCUAUAGUCAUAGCGACGGUGCGCGAUGAGGACUCAAAGCGCACGGAAACUCUCGAACAGCACUGACGUACGCGAGCCCUCGACCGACGAGAAUCAUUAUUUUUAACAGAAUAUCCGCGCACGCUCUCGAUCUCGGUCUACGCGUUCGACGAUCUCAUUACUCGGAUACGAGAAAGGGGGAAGGCGAGGAAACUUUCGAAAGCGAUUUCCGGUCGGCCAGUCGUCCACGGCGAACCGCGACCGGGAACGCGGCUCUACUUCGGUGCAUAUAACGAAAUGCAUAUACGUACGCAUGAAAGGAUAAACGAAAACAUACAUAACACAUUACCAUAUACAAUAUAAUCGAAUCGUAGUUGUGUGUCGGGGAGAGACGAGCCCCGAUGUUUUCAUUAGCCGUUCGAUCGCGUUCGGCGCGUGCAUGGACUUAUACGGCGCGCGGUGCUCCGAAUUCUACAGUUACGAGGGCAGUGUGCAAAACCGAAGAAGGUGAAACGAUGCAAACAAUAUGAAACGUGUACUGUGUAUGCUACUUAAACGCACAAUUCCCGGUAUUCCAUUGAUCAACAAUAAUCAACAACAUGAAGGUGACUAAAUCUUGUAUACGGGUAUUCGUAUUAAUAUUUUGCAAUAUUUUAAAUGCAAUAUUACUAUAUACAAUUUCACUGCAAUACCGCUGUUAUUCUGUCGACUUGUUUUCAAUUAUAUCUCGUAUGAAAUGCAAAAAUACAUAGAAAAUAGUGAUCAAUGUGAACAAGAGGGAUUUGAUGUUUUCACAAUUUGGUAGACUACUAUUUAAGACUAAUUUUCGAAAAUCUUAAAUUAUACUUCAAAAGAAAUUAUUUUUAUCAUUUAUUUUCGUCAUUGUCACUGGUUCUUAUCAUUCAAGGCUCCGUCCAAAGAGCCUCAGAAGAUCAUGGAGAUGAUUUUCAAAGUAUCUUCUCGCAAUCCGAUAAUCCGGAGCACCGUGUGGCGGCAGAGAAGCUAGUCGGUACCAUACGUAAUUAUUACGCGAGACGCGAAACUAUCCAAUGAAUUUAAUGGUGAGAAUACAACCCCGUGUAUGUUCCCGCGCUACGAGAUCGCGGGAUGGGAGAGAAAGAGGAAGAGAAAACGAAAGAGAGCGAGAGUGAAAGAAUGAGAAAAAGAGAGAGAGAUGAACGACGGCCGUCGUCGUCGUCGCGUAGCCUCGAAUCGUCAACGACGGUGUCUUCGAGCAGAGAGCUUCGUCGUUUCAGUUCAAUUAUGCACCCGCCGCGCGCGCGGAACCACCGAACGGUUCUCGCGCGGGCCAACACGUCGACGACAAUAUUUUUAGCUUUAAUGAGACUUUAAAGUGUGCGACGAACGUAGAGCAAACGAUUCCGGGACAUAUUCGCCGUGGAACCUCACUGGAACGCAGUGGAAUCUCCAUUAUCCGGGGAGCGCGUCUCGGCUCAGAUUAAUGUGUACACACUGUCCGGGUAUUUGAUUUUAACGCGUUCGCGUGAGACGACAACGAAACGUUAUAAGCUGCUGAUGGUACGUAUGGUUUAGUAAUACAACCGUAAAUUUUACAGAGAAUAUAGGAUCCCUUUGCGUAUGUUACAUUUAUCAGGUAGUUGUUGAGUAACACGUUUCCCAAUUGCAUUCUUGCACGUUGAAUCGUUAAAGAUCUUCUUUCCUGUUGCGUCGAAAAUUGUUAAGGAUCUCUGUUUCUUUUUUCUUUAUGGUAAAGUGUUCUGGUGGAUGUUACCAUUGAAUUUUCAACGCUUUUGAAGUAUUCAAAUGCUUCAAGGAGAAUGGGAAUGCAAGGUUACGUGAGGGAGUAUGUGGCUUGAUAAAGUGCAUAAAUAAUGGAGAUUCCACUAUACAUAGUUUAGGUAAAACAUCACUUUUUGGAACUCUUUUCCUGGUCUACGGAUAUUACCACCACUAUACGUUUCUAAUCCACAUAGUAAUAAUCAUACGUGAGAGAAACCAACAAAAACUGACUCGUGACAAUACAUUAUUGUAAUUUCUACGGAGACAUUGUUUUCAAACGGAUUUCAUGUUUCGUUCGAAUUGAAUGUGCAUCGUGGAUGCACUGUCAUUGAAAGGUUCAGAAUCACACGACUGUGUACCGAGGAUAUUCUUCGAUUUUACGAUGUAUUUGGAACGCGGGCGAAGGGAACAUUAUCAUUAUUUGUAACAAUCCUUAAUAAUCUCUUUUCAUAACAACCUCUUCGUAACAACUUCUACGAAUUAUACAAUUCUUCAAUAACCAUUUCUGGGAAACAGAAAAUAAAACAAGAAAUUAUUAAGCAAGAGUAAUUCUCUUAGUAUGAUUAUUCAAAUUACAAGUAUUGAUAACAUUUUUUAUGAAUACAUUACGCGAAUAAUCCUCUAGAAGCUAUCCAAAUUUCGACUAAAAACAAAAAAAACUUUGCGCUGUUCACAACGAAAUAUUACUAUAUAGUAUUAUCAUUAUUUAAAUACUAACUUCUUAUAGUAACCGUUUUACAACCGUUUAGGAUUAUAUUUACAAACUUUUACAAUUUUCCAGAUCCUUAUUACGCUAAUAAGUAAAACUUUCUACUUGAUCCUCGAAUAUCAAAAUUUCCAUGGAACCCUAAUAAUUCUAUAAUAAUGCAUUACCAUUUAACUAAUUUUCAAACAUAUCGUAAUUAAAUUAUCGCGCACAAUCAGUGUUACCGUCAACAUUACGCUUAUCAGAAGUCUCUUCAAUAUCAGUCCAAUACAACAAAAGGCUUAAUAAUUUCCUUUUUGGUGAUAAUCAAAAUAAACGAAGAAUGAAUUUAAUUACGUUACUCUAGAACGCUUAGUUCGCAAAUGCAGUUGCUAUUGUUAUGGAAAGAUUUACUAAGAAAUCUUCGGUUGUUAACCUUGAUUUUUAAUGACUGUUGAAUAACUGUUGGUAGAUAAGAUAUUAAUAUUGUUGUAUUAUAUGAUAGGAAUAUCGAGAAAGUGAUUCCGAACUUUUGAAAGAUGGUGCGCCAUUUUGAGAACGCUUCGCCCAGUUCUAUUUCCGAUACGCAGCGACAUGGCGUGCGUGUGCGGUUCAGUCGGGAGAUACGAGAAACGUAACGCGUCUUUGCCGGUUAAUUCUGUAAAUAUUGUAGAUAUGUUUGUGCUGUGAUCAAUCCGUAUCGUCGUUUGCGCGGGUGACGAUUCGAGGCUGCGGAAUUGUUAAAACGAAUGCUACAUGCGAGUGUUGUGGAUAGCAUAUACACUAACUGUUUCGGAAACGAUAUGGCGAUGAUCGUAUGAGGACAUCGUAACCAGUAGAGAAUGAAAAAGAAAAUGAAAAAAAAAAUGAAAACGAGAAAUCGAAGCUGCAGCGAUCAUAGAUAUGUCGUAUUAAAUAAUUAUGAUACCGUUAUUAAUGUAUCAUGCCCGACGGUUUCACUAUAACGCGAGAAAUUUUUAUGCGAUU